AUGAGGCUUAUGAACUACCACAUAAAGACCCUUUUCAGCAUUGUAAAGCUAUUCGAUUCGCUAAUGAACCUCCCGCCUUCUGUUGGUAAAAUAAAGAUGCAGUUGCCCAAAAUGCCAGAUGAGUUAUGGAACCUCUAUGUAAAUGAUAUGACAACUUUGGGGGCCGAGUUCCGUCGGCGUUGCAGGACAUAUAAUAAUUCUUUGGCAUUCACAUCUAUUAAGAUGACUUAUGAUGAAGCUUUGGCUAAAGCUAACAAAGGGGUUUACACCUUCAAAGUGCAGGGUAUUGUUCGGCAUUAUAUCCAAGAACUAACACCUAAGGAUGGUGUGCCGAGGCAUUUGCAGUUAUAUUUCUAUGGCACUGAGAGAGAGUUGGAUAAUCGUGUAUCUCAAUCUGAAGGAUUGGACUAUUUGUUGAGGAAUUUCAAAACUCCUUCAAGUGUUGCUAUGAGAGAAUAUUAUUGCUAUCUGUUUCAAAUACGCACCGACGAUAUAAUAAAUAUCCUUAGAACUGGUCGAGUAAUUCAACAGUUUCAGAUUGAUACUUAUGUUAAGAUCGAGACACAAAGACUAGAUUUUUUUCGUCAUAAUCAGUCAAAGUUUGAAAUGAGGGCUAAAUCGUAUCAAGGGAUAGUUGAGAGUAUAACAUCUAAUGGUGUUAUUAGUGCAAAAUCUAUUGGUAAGCGUGUUCUUCUUCCUAAGACCUUUACAGGUGGCCCGCGUGAUCUACGUUGUCGUUACAUGAAUGCGCUGGCACUUGUCGCGAAAUUUGGACGCCCAGAUAUUUUUCUCACAAUGACUUGUAAUCCAAAGUGGGUGGAAAUUCAAAGUGAAUUAUUUCCUGUUGAGAAGAGUCAUAAUAGAGCUGAUUUGUAUGCAAGAGUUUUCAGGGCAAAAAAUGAGGAACUAAAAAAGGAAAUUGUAAAAGACUCUUUGUUUGGGGUAACUUCAACUGAGGCCUAUGAUCGAUUUGUAUCUGCUGAGAUUCCAGAUCUUGACCUGACUCCACAUCUACAUUCUUGUGUUAUUAAUCAUAUGAUGCAUGGGCCAUGUGGUGAACUCAACCCAAAGAAUGCAUGCAUGAUAGGGGAAAAAUGCAAAAGUUAUUAUCCUAAAGAGUUUAAGUUAAACACUGAACAUCGGUUGGACUCAUACCCUGACUACAAGCGUAGAGAUGAUGGAAAAAAGGUUUUGGUGCGUGGCAAGUGGUUGGAUAACAGAUGGGUGGUCCCUUAUAAUGCUUAUUUGUUGGCAAAGUUUGAUUGCCAUAUUAAUGUCCAAGUUUGUACGGAUGUUAGAUCAGUGAAGUAUCUUUACAAAUAUGUUUGUAAGGGUAAUGAUCAAAUAGCAUACAAUAUUGUUGAUGUUGAAUCUACAGGGCCAAUAGAUGAGAUUUUUGAUUUUCAAAAGUCACGGUGGCUUUGUGCUCCGGAAGCUAUGUGGCGAAUUUAUGGAUUUGAUAUUUUUGAUAUGUAUCCAUCAGUUUUGCAAUUACACGUGCAUUUGUCGGGGUAUCAACAGGUUUUCUUUGCGGCCAACCAAUCUCUUCCGAAAAUUGUAGAUUCUGAUCAUGCUAACAGGACACAACGUACAAAGUUUUUUGAGAUGAAUAAAUUUGUUGAAGUUGCAGCACUAAAUUUAUUGUAUCAGGAAUUUGUUGAACAUUUUGCAGCUCUUGAUAGAGGCUUAUUGGAUUCUGACAACGAUGUUAGGCAUGCGAUUCACGAAGCUGCAACUUAUCAAAUGCCGUCUGCUCUGCAAAAGUUAUUUGCGAUUACACUUGUUUUUAAUUCCCCUUCUGAUCCCAAAAAUCUGUGGAUUGAAUUUAGAGAUGCUUUAUCUGCUGAUAUAAUGCGGGAUUAUCUAUUAGACCAUGUAGAGGGUUAUCGGUUAUCUCUACGGUCCAUUGAUUCUUUUUUGCAAAUGAUGGGCCAUGGGAUCGAUGAGUACUUUGUGGUCGAUUAUAUAGUUGGGUUGACUCGUGAAGAAAUAAAUAGUUGUGAAUUUGCAGCUGAAAUUAAUAUGCUUUUCAUUGAUGGUCCUGGUGGCACUGGAAAGACAUUUUUAUAUAAGGCAAUCUUGGCCACUGUUCGUUCAACUGGUGACAUUGCGCUUGCAGUUGCUUCAUCUGGUGUUGCAGCUUCUUUGUUACCAAAUGGUCGAACAGCUCAUUCUAGAUUUAAAAUUCUGUUAAAUUUAGAUGAAUCUAUGUCAUGCUCGAUAAGCAAGAAUACUGCGCCUACAAAGCUAAUAAUUGCAGCCAAGCUAAUAUUAUGGAAUGAGGCAUCGAUGGCAAAUCGAAAGGCAGUUGAAGCUUUAAAUUUAUUGUUGCAAGAUUUGAUGGAAAACCAGUUAUUGUUUGGUGGGAAAACAGUUGUUCUUGGUGGAGAUUUCUGGCAAACUAUAUCGAUUGUUCGAAGGGGUUCUCGUGAAGAGAUAGUGGAUGCUUGUUUGAAUAUGCGGGCAAUGGAGGAUCCUAUUUUUACAGAUUUGUUAUUGAGGGUUGGUGAAGAUUCGCCUCUUGACACACUGGUCAAUGAAAUAUUUCCAUCAUUUGAUGCAUAUUCUAGCGGCAACGUGGUUGAAUAUGUUAGCACGGAUUAUGCAAACGAUCCAAGUCAGCAACAAUACUAUCAAGAUUAUAUGAAUGCAAUUAGUGUUGGUUCAUUGCCACCACAUGUUCUUAAAUUAAAGGUUAAUUGUCCUGUUAUGUUACUUCGCAACUUAAAUCCAUUGGAGGGGUUGUGUAAUGGAACACGUUUAAUUGUGCGUGAUCUUGGUAGGCACGUGAAUGGAGCAGUCAUUGCUGUGGGGACGCAUUCUGGUGAAUGUGUUUUAAUCCCAAGGAUUCCAUUGGAGUUGGAUGAUACACACAUAUGUCCAAUUACUUUUAAGAGGCUGCAGUUUCCGCUAAGAUUGUGUUUUGCUAUCAGCAUCAACAAAUCUCAAGGCCAAACAUCGGAUCGUGUUGGUGUUUAUUUGCCUCAUCCUGUUUUUUCACAUGGACAGCUAUAUGUUGCUUUAUCAAGGGUCAGAACAUCAAGUUCAAUAAAAUUCCUGAUUCGACCGCCAGUUGCUGAUAUGGAUUCAACAUGUGAAACAAGAAAUGUUGUGUACACUGAAAUUUUGCAAGCGGCGACAUGA